AUGUAUGGGAUUGACGCGUGGGACUUUGAGUGGUCACUCUUCUUCUCAUUCAAUCGCUUGACACAAGAAUACAGCAAUUCUUCCAAGCCAAAAUCACCCAAACGAGGAGAGCCCAUGAGUUCAACCAUCCUUCCACUGGUAAAUGAGUACGGCCUUACGUCAUGUUAUGCUUUUGCAGGUCUAAAUGUACCAACGCUCCAUCAAUGGCAGCCCAAUCCGGAUGGCAUUUUAUAUCCCAAAUCCCAACGUCUAGUCGUGGGCCAACAUCUCGGUACCGAGCCGAGCCGCUCACUGCCACCCAAGAUGGAAAACACAAUCUCCAUCAGGCAUAUUUAG